AUCAGAGAAACGACCCCGCGAGCGGGCAGAGAUUACGGCGGGACAACGGAGCUCGGAAGUUGGAGCUGAUCGAGAUGGACGGCGAACCUCCUCAAGAAGAGGAUUUCUCCCAGAUCCCGAUCAUCGAGCGUAGUCAGCACAAGAACUGGAAAGCCAGAUUAUCAGCUUAUACCGACGUCAUUGCAAAGUCCGCAAAGACAGCGUCCGACACUGACCCCUUCUUCCGCCCCUACGUCUCGGAUGGCUCCUUGCUGAAGAAAUGGUGUCUCGAUGCGAAUGCCGUCGCCCAGGAGAAGGGUAUUGAAGCGGUUACGGCGAUUGUGCAAUGUAGGAGCGAUGUCGUACCUGCGCUGGUGGACAAGUCGCUCGGCGCGGCGAGGGCGGGCACAAAGAAGAAGGGCGCGGAGCUGUGUGCGAUGUUCGUGGAAGUUGAGAAUACCGGGGAGGGAGUCAUGCCCAAAAUCGUCGCUGGGUCGGUGUCCGCUUUGAAAGAUGUCGUAGAGGCUUUUGGCGUGCAGUCGAUAGGCAACAUCAAGCCAUUACUCAAAGUGCUCUCCAAGAUCUUUGCCCACUCCGACAAGACCGUCCGGGCGGAAGGCACAUCACUUGUCCUCGUCCUUUACACCUACCUCGGCCCCGCCCUGCUCCCUGCUUUGGCCGACCUCAAGCCUGUUCAGAUGGCCGAGCUGCAAAAGUCGUUUGACUCGAUGGACGCAGAGGGAAAAGGUGCUGGAUCGGGGAAGCCCACCAGGUGGACUCGGAAAGUGCAGAGGGAGCGCGAAGCGGCGCAGGACGUAGGAGGGGGAAACGAUGCUGGGGAAGCAGUCGAGGAGGAAGCAGCUCCCAUUGAUCCGAGGUCGCUGCUCGAUCCUGUCAACGUUCUCUCUCUCUUCCCUUCGGAUCUGGACGAACGCCUCGCCUCGUCGAAAUGGAAGGACCGACUCGAGUCACUCGAGGAGUGCAACAAGGUCCUCUCCCAGCCUCAGAACGCCCGGAUAUCCGACUCCAACGUCGACGCCUAUGGCUCGCUCGUACAGACAUUAGGGGCGAAGUGCAAGUCGGACGCGAACGUCAAUGUCGUGAUUGAAGCUGCGAAGCUGCUCGAGGGACUCGCGAGGGGAAUUGGCAAGCCGUUCGGACGGUAUCGAGCGAUGGUCAUGUCUGGGUGCCUGGAGCGAUUGAAGGAGAGGAAAGCCACUGUCGUGGAGGCUCUGGGCAAGGCGUUGGAUGCGGUCUUCUCAACGACCGCCCUGUCUGAGAUCGUCGAGGACGUCCUUGCACAGAUGAAGUCGAAGAACCCCCAGGUUCGCGAACACACGCUCAAAUUCCUCCACCGCUCUCUCCAAACCACUCUCGACGCACCAGGCAAGGAUCAAGUCAAGCCGCUCGCCGAGGCAUUGGUUGCACUUCUAGGCGACUCGGUCGAGGCUGUCCGAACGUCCGCGGCCGAUUGUCUCGGGACAAUGAUGAAGAUCCUCGGAGAACGCGCUUUCAACCCGUACAUCGAGAACGUGGGCGAGCUGCAGAUGGCCAAGGUCAAAGACGCGUUUGCGAAGGCGGAGAUCAAGUACCGAGGAGGGGCAAAGGGACCCGCCCCGAAGGCUGCGUCCGCCGCUGCGCCUGUCAAGAAGGCACCCAUCGCGCGGCCGGCCGGUUCGCCCCCGAUCAAAUCUUCUGGCAAAUUCAACGUCCCCGAGCUUGCCGACGACUUCGCACCUCCCACUCGCGCCCCGCCGGCGCGAUUUGCUCCCAAGGCUGCACCUAAGGAUGAUGGCUUGCUGGACGAAUUUGCUCCGCCAGUAAAAGCCCCUCCGGCCCGAUUCGCUGCAAAGGCACCGCCCAAGGCUACUGGCUCUACGCCCUCUUCCCCUCCUAAACCUACACCUGUCGCAAGAAAGCCGCCCGCGGCGGCUGGGCCCUCCAAACCGGCGGCAGCGGCCAAACCCGUGGCUCCCGCAGGCAAGGCCGGACCUUCCAAAACCCUCGCAGUCUCUCCCUCGGAACCUGUCAAGUACCGCUACUCUUCCGAAGACGCCGCCGCCCAAGCAGCCGACAUCAUCCCAGCGGAUAUCCAGACCAAGCUCGCAGAUGCUGCUUGGAAGAUCAGACUCGAGGCGGCGGAAGAGCUGGUCAAGUGGGUGGAAGAGGAGGGCGGCGCGGACAAGAUCGAAAGCGAAGUGAUGAUGCGCUUCCUCGGCAAGACGCCGGGUUGGGGCGAGAAGAACUUCCAGGUCUCGGCCAAGUUGUACCAAGUCAUGGCGUUGAUGGCAGAGAAGAGCCCAUCGUUUGGGAAGCCUGCCGCGGCGCUUUGUAUCGGUCCGCUCUCGGACAAGUUGGGCGACUUGAAGCUCAAGAAGCCCGCUGGAGACGCCCUCACCGUUUUCGCGGAAAAGACCUCCCUCGCUUUUGUCCUCGCGCAGGCAUACGAACCCAUGACGAAGCAGAAAGCACCCAAGGCCCAGGCCGAUGCGCUCGUCUGGAUCAAGCAGCAGCUUACCGACUUUGGCAUCGCAGGGAUUCCGCUGCGUGACCUGAUCAGCUUUGUGAAAGGCGGGCUCGGCUCACCGAACGCGUUGGUCCGAUCGAGCGCUACUCAGGUGCUGGUGACGGUCAAGAUAUUCGUGGGAGCCGACAUAUCGGGUUUCCUCGAGGACCUCAAUCCCCAGCUCCUCUCCACAAUCAACUCGGAGUUUGACAAGGUGUCUGGGCAGACCCCUCCGGAGCCUUCGAAAACCCAAGCCGACCUGCAAGAGGCCGCGUCGGGUCCAGCGAAAGUCGGAGGCAAGUCCGGCGGAGCGGAUCCCCUCGACGAUCUCAUUCCUCGCGUGGACCUGGACAAGCUGGUCAAUCAGACGUCGGUCAUAGCCGACUCGCGGAGCGAUGCGUGGAAGACGAGGAAGGAGGCGUUUGAGGCUCUUGCGGGCUUGUUGGAGAUCAAAUCCAAUUCGCGGCUGAAGCCCAACAUGGGUGAGAUUGGCGGAGUAUUGAAGAAGGCCAUGGCCGACACGAACCUGUCGGUGAAGAUGCUUGCACUCGGAAUCAUCUCGAAGAUCGCGACCGGCAUGGGCCAGCCGUUUGAGAAGUACACUCGACUUCUCAUUGCGCCAAUCGCAAGCGUCUGCGCCGACCAGAAAGCCACCACGCGGUCCGCUGCGCUGGCAACUCUUUCUGCCGCGGCCGAUGCGUGCGGCGGUCUCGACGGCAUGUACGGAGGGCUUGCGACGAGUCUGGAAACCACCAAUCCGGCACUGCGCUCCUCGGUCCUCGGCUGGAUGGCAGAACGACUCCAGGCGGAGCCACCGACGGCAUCGUCUGAUCUCGCAUCCUUGGCCGGUCCCAUCAUUUCCUGCCUCGAGGACAGGAACGGCGAUGUGCGCAAAGGUGCCGGAGCCGUGCUCCCGUUCGUUGUGGCCUCGGCUGGGUUCGAUCACGUCAUGGACCAGACAUCGAAUCUCAAACCCGCAUCAAGAGCGACCAUUAUCCCUCUCAUCAACAACGCGAAGGCUUCAGCUCCUGCCCCUGCGCCGGCAGCGGUGGCUCCUCCACGUGCUGCUCCCUCGGCGCCGGCCGUCAAGCCGACCAAGGCGCCAGCGCCACGCUCAGCUCCUGGGAGCCCUGCUCCUGCAGCCGUUCCUACGAUCAAGCCUCCUGCCAGGUCCCUCGCGAUGAAGGCGCUGUCAUCGGCUCCGUCGACGCGUCCUACGUCAGGCCUCGGCCUCGAUGACCGAGCCUCCGGCCUGCCCAAGCCUAGAACCAUCCCCCGGCCAGCCUCUGCUGCGUCACAGCCGCCUCCCACAGCGUCCUCCACGACGUUUGCAUCCUCCAGUACAUCACGAGUCGCGCCCUUCGUCACGUCGUCACUCGAAUCUCGCACCGCACGACAGAAGAAGGACGCCGUUCGAUGGGUCCUCGAAUCGUCUCCAAAGCCCGAGCUCACCGAAUACCUGCAGUCCCAGAUGGAGCAGCACGUCACGCCAGAGCUAUUCGCUCAGCUCUUCAGCAAGGAUCGCCGUGCCGAGGAAGACUUCAUGGCGGCGUUGUCCGGCCUGGCCGACUUUUACAGCGACAAAGCCAUCUCGUCAUACCACCUCCCUGGGAACGAAGUUUCCGCUAUCCAGCUCGCGAACGUCGAUCUCACUCUGAAAUACGCCGCCAUCAAGCUGCUCAGCAACAAUACUCAGAUGGCCAUGCGGUGCCUCGAGGUCAUCGGGAACGUCGUCGACACGAUGCAGAACUUGAACGAGAGGUUCUCCGACGCCGAAGCCAAGCUCUUCGUCCCGGCUCUGAUCUUCAAGCUCGGCGACGCCAAGUUCGGAGCCAAGCUCAUGCCAAUCUUUGAGUCUCUCGACAAGGUGAUUCCGGGCUCGCAACUCGUACAAUUGCUUGUCCAGUUCGGUCUCGAGGACAAGUCGGCGGGCAAGACGUGCAAGAACGAGUCGCUCGCGCUUAUCGAGAAAGCAUACAAAAAGCGAGGAUCGAUCCUGCGUACGAGGGACGAUCGGAACUUUUACGAAGUCGUGGCGAGAUGCAUUUCGGAUAGCGGCACGAGAAACGCCGCGCUCAGCGUCAUGGCUGCCCCGGGGAAAGGGGAAGAGGAGAAGCGUGCUGAUCAGUGCAGACUCUUGCAACUCCAAGGCGGGUCCAAGAGCCUCGAGGCGGUCAUCGAGGGUAUGCCGCAGGGCUCCAAGGACAUGUUGGCGAAUCGAAAGGCGACCAUGGCUGCGGCGAGAUCUGGAGCUGGCGGUCCGCUGGUAGCCAAGGCAUCGGCCGAGGCUCUCGCCACGGCGGACUCGCCAUCCCGAUUGCGGCGACCUGGGGCAGUGGCGAGUCCCGGAAUCCCGCCCAGGGGAUCCUCGCCCGCCGUCAAGUCUCCAAUUCCGCGGAAAUCAGACUCGCCGAGGAGUCGUCUGGUCCCCCCUUCGACGUCAUCGCCUGCGCCUUCGCGAGGUAUCCCCGCUCCGUCCGGUGCACUUCGCGCGGCGACAUCGGCUCUCCCCACGCAGAGUCGACUGCAGCGUCCCUCCGACGUCUUCGGCGGAAAGCUGUCGCUUCAGCCUCUCAACCGAGGAGCGUCGCGACCGUCGACUGAGGUCGAGAUCGAGACGCCACCAUCCCCGCCCAAAGAGAACCCUCUCAUGUCGCUAAUAAAUGAAGUCCAGCACGACGAUCUGAACCGCGUGGUCGACUCGCUCAAGGUCCUGCAGCAAAAGCUCGACGAGAAUGCCGACGCCUUCCGGGACAACGUGCAGACUUUGACCGAUACCCUCAUGGAUGCCAUGGACCGAGCGUUCUCCCCGCCCGAGAACCUGCGCGACUCGCAGUACUUCCGGCUCGUUAAGCACCUGAUUCAGACAGUGUCAGCCGUCACGUCCAACCAAGACUUGAUGCGUCGUCUGUCGUAUGAUCACGUCUACGCCGUCAUCUCUGGUCUUUCGCUGCACCUCGUCCAGGCCGAUCGACUUGGCGGUCACGUCUCGGAGCUGUCCCGGUUCAUCAACAUGAUCCUGGUCCAGACGCUCUCCACGACGGAACGGCAGAUGGUCUUCCGAGCGAUGUUCUCCCUCCUCUUCGAGCUGGUCAGGGACUUUGAGGUGGAUCGGACCCCAGCCGACUCUGCGGCCGCGGCUCACGCCGACCUGGUCAUCAAAUGUCUCUGGAAGCGGUGCAAGGUCCUCGACGACGAUUUCAGGACUGGCAGACUGCGGAUCGGUCCCCUGCUCAGAGUCCUGGAGGACUUUGUGCAGCAGAUCUCGCCGUCGGAGUUCAGGAGGAGGGCAACGGAAGGCGUCGCGAUGGGUGAUAUGCCGCUGAGGACGGUCAAGACGGUUCUGCAGAAGAUGGUCGCUUACGGCAAUGAUGUCGGCUUGGAGAUCUAUGAUGAGCUGCUUAGAGAGUUUGGCGAGAACGCGGCAAACACCAUCGUGUACAGCUACAUUUUCCGCCUCGCUAGUCAGGUAGCGAAAGAGGAUACAGCUCCGACUUCGGCUGAGGCCUCCCCGCCUGCACAGGUUGAAACUGAGGCGGAGAAGCUUGUUCGGAAAUUGAUUCGGUCCAACAACCAGAGUCAGCAACUUGACGACCUGUACCAUUUCGUCAAGACGAGUCCGGAAGCAGAGGGGGAGGUGCAGGCUGUGCUUUCUGCGAAGCUUUCUGCGCCUGUGCAGACCUACGUCCGGCGGAUGCUCGAGCAGCGACGAGCAGAGGACCAUCCUUCGCCGUCGCGGCACGACACCGCCUCGCCGAUCCGCUCGCCGGCCCGCCCAGACUCUGUCCCCGCUCGAGCCAUGGCGCGCAAAUCGUUCGGCCCCCGCCCGUCUUCCGUCGCGAUCGACAAGUCUGCACCGGUAGACGAGCAGAUCUCGCACAUCAAGAACAUCUUUAGUCGUGGUGGUGCGGGAUCGGGCUCGGGCUCGGGUUCGGGACCCGGUUCGGGAAUGGGGUCGUUUGAGGCUUCGACUACACCCCCCGGACAGGGACAGAACUCGCAUGGGAGACCGUUGAGCGAGAUCAGCCCGCCAGGCCAGAACCUCGAUGUGGAU